AUGACAUUAGCAGUUCCUUCAUUUCCUGAGAUAAGUAAAUCUCGAAUACCUAAAGAAAGGCGUAAAAUGAGUUUGGGUACACAACCUUUGGUAGUGAACUCUAAAAGUCCACUCUUUAAUCGUUCUACAUCCAUUGCUGAAAGCUUUCGCACUAUGGCAGCAAUUACCGCCAGACGGAAUUCAACACCGCUCUCACGUAAAACGACAAAAAAAAUGAAACAUUCAAGGCUAAUAGCUAAGAAUGGAAUCUGUAAUGUGUAUAAUACUAAUGUUCCUAAAAAGGAUCGACAAUAUCUAAGAGAUAUAUUCACAACAAUGAUAGAUGUCAAAUGGCGAUAUAUGCUUGUCAUAUUUGCUAUUGUUUUUAUCAGUAGUUGGACAAUAUUCGCUAGUUUUUAUUACGUAAUAAGCGUUUUGCAUGGUGAUAUACAUAAUGAGUUCAAGAACAACAAUUCCAAUCGUUCCGUUUGCAUCGAAAAUAUAGACUCAUUUUACUCAUCAUUUUUAUUCGCUGUUGAGACUCAUCACACUAUUGGCUAUGGACACAGAUAUAUUACGACAGAAUGUCCUGUUGCUGGAGCACUUAUAUGUAUUCAAUGUAUUUGUGGUCUGCUAAUUCAAAGUUUUAUGGUUGGGCUAGUUUUCGCAAAAAUGGCACGACCUAAAAAACGAGCUGAAACGAUCAUCUUCAGUGAAAAAGCAGUAAUUUGUUUACGAGAUGGUCAGUUAUGCUUUUUGUGUCGAGUUGGUGAUAUGCGUAAUACACAUUUGGUAGAAGCUCAUGUACGAUUGCAAUUUAUUACAGAUAGAGAAACCGCUGAAGGAGAAAUUGAACCACUGCAUCAAUAUGAAAUGAAAGUAGGCCCCAGCACAACAGAUGAUGAUCGUAUUUUUUUGGUCUGGCCCACUACACUAUGUCAUGUAAUUGACCGUGAUAGUCCACUUUAUUAUUAUAAUUCACGUGCCCUACUAAGUGCUCAAUUUGAAAUUGUUGUUUUAUUGGAAGGAAUUGUUGAAUCUACUGGAAUGACCGCACAAGCACGUACCUCGUAUUUACCAAGUGAAAUCCUUUGGGGGCAUAGGUUUAAAAAGUUGGUUACAUAUCAGCGCAGUAAUGGCUCAUACCAAAUCGAUUACGGUAUAUUUCAUAGUACAUACGAAGUAAAAACUCCUAUGUGUAGUGCAAGCGAACUCCAUAAAAAUCUAGAAUUCUUCGCUCACGAUGAGUGCAUUGAACAUCCAUCAGAAGAUGUACAAUCUACAAGUUCCACUCCAACACCUUUACCAUCACCUUAUUUUAGUGUCAAUAAUUGUUCUGUGAAUCAGUUCAGCUUUCAAAAUUGCAAAGAACAGCUGCGAAUUGUAACUUUUUCACUUUUUAAUACGAAGUUCAAACAAUAUUUGCUAGAUAGUAAACUACUAAUAUUAAAUCUAAAUUCGACUUCCAGAUUCGAAUGUAAUCAGAAUGGUUGUGUUAAUAAUAACUUUUAUUUUUAUGAACUUUUGAUUGUUUAG